CAUUGGAGGAAACUGGAUGAGCAACGUAAGCGCUCCUCUUGAAUGGGAAAAUAGCAGAGGGGGAGAAACGGGCAGACACACACACGCAGCAGGCUGACAGAAGCCAAGCAGCGGCCACUGAGACACACACACACACGGACUGAGACUCUGGAUGCAGCCGCAAGAAGGACCUCAUUUUAGUUUUUUGGAGUAAACGCAUGUUCGUCAGCAGUUGUUGUUUUUUUAAUUACAGGAUUCGCGUCAUUACGAGCCGCGCGCACAUUCCUCAACAGGAUUUGCAUCUCCAAUCGCAAAUUGUUUUCUGCUCCCUACGAGAGUGUAUUUCUAAUUUUCCUGCCCAGCAGGAAGCUUUCAUAGUCAUGCUCGAGCUGCUUCGACUCGCGAAGCGUUUCAUCUGAAAACUGUCGUGUUUCCAAAAAUGGAACAACAGCUCUCCAAACCAGAAUGCAAAAACAUGGAUGCGUGUCUGAGACGACUGAAGCAAGAACUGGUGUCUAUGAAAGAAGCCGGAGAUGGCCUCCACGCUCAGAUGAAUUCAAUGAUGGGAGCCCUCCAGGAACUCAAGCUUCUUCAGGUUCAGACAGCGCUAGAAAACCUUGAUAUUUCAGGUCGGCCCAUUAACAGAGGACUCCCACAUCCUGCUCUGUCAGAUCCUCCUGAAGCGUCAGCUACAGCGGCUUCAACCUCGGGCAAGGAUCACAGACCCUGCUUUCGCCAAACCAUGCGUGAGGAGCACAGCCACAGUCCGAUGCCAAGUCCAAGGCCGUCUCUGGAAAGCAGAAACACCUUCAGCCGAGAUGACAGGAGCCUGUCUGAAAACAGAAGCAGCCUGGGAACCUCGUCCUCCUCUGCAUCCAGCCUUGAGAGUGAGAGAAGUGAAAGAAGUGAAAGAAGUGCGCGUUGCGAGAAUGACCUUGAGUCUAUACCCAAGAGGUGGUCGGGAUACGCCGCCCCGCAGGUGGAUUUCUAUGGACCUAUGGUGGGAAAUCCUCCGCCAGAGCCCUACACUCAUCCACAGGCUCCCAGUCGUGCUCAGGUGGUGGACCUCCCCGGGAUCCUGUACAGCCUCUCAAGAGAGGGCCCUUCAUUGGACAGUGACUACUCCCAGGACAGUACAGACGACGGCAGCGACUGGACUUCUUCGCUCAUGAGCCGCAGCCGCAACCGUCAGCCCUUAGUGCUGGGUGACAACGUCUUUGCCGACCUCGUGGGAAACUGGCUGGACUUGCCCGAGGUGGAAAGGGAUGAGGGGGAAGAAGAGGAGAGUAACAAGAGGAGAGAGGAGAGGACAGCUGAUGGAGGGGCGGACAGACCGGACACACCAGCGCACCCUCUCCGCCUCAGCCGCUCGCAGGAGAUCUGCAGGAAGUUCUCGUUAACAACAAACAUCUUCAAGAAGUUCCUGCGCAGCGUCAGGCCAGACAGGGACAAGCUGCUCAAGGAGAGGCCUGGCUGGAUGGCUCCUGAACUGCCAGAGGGUGACCUCUUCAAAAGGCAUAAGAAACUGGUUUCUAAAAGUUCAAAAGGCAGCUUCUACCUGCCAUUCUGGGCAAGCGGACAGCAGGGCAAAGGCAGGCCGUGUCCGCAUCUAGCUGAAGCAGAGAGGAACCACCAACACUACUUCCCCCAGGCCCACCAGCAGCCAUUUGCUGGGAUUUACUUAGACAGGAGACAGCCAGAGACUGGUCUGGAGAAAAUGCAGCCCUUGUUUGACUACAACACAGCUGUGUGGGUCUGACAGUGAAGCCAACAGACUGCCAGUGAUGCCAGACUGAGUGAGUGACAGGUGCUGGGGGAUUCUGGCUGUGCUGGAGGGGGAUGAAUGAAUAACUUAAUGAGAGGUUUGGACACAGUUAUCUUCCAAAAAUGAACCGAUGAGCUUCACACCCACAAGAUUAUCAUUUUGUCUGACAAUCCUAAAACCUAAAACUCGUUUGCUGUGUGUGUCUAGGCGUGUGAGUGCUGGAGAGUGUCUGAGUUAGAGAGAGACAUUUUUAAGGAAAGUUUUGUAUCAUUCAAAUUUCUUCAUAUGCGUGCGUGCAUGUAUGACUGGGUUCUCUGGAUGUCUUACAAGAUGGUACUUUGACAUGGACAUCGCUCUCAGAAUGUCACCAUCAUCAGAGAUCUUUCCAUCCACAGACGUUUUCACAACGACUGUAUGCUACAGGAAACACACUGAAAUAUCUAACUACUUUGCAUCUUUGAAUAGAAACACCAUCUGUUGGAUUGCAUGGUUAAUGUUUUUUUAGAAGUGAUGCUACAAACAGCUAUUACUGAACGCACUGCCACUAAACUGUCAUAAGCUCCCUCUUGUUUCCAACAGGCCUUGACGCCCUGGAAACUCAGGUUUAACUGAAUUUGUUGGUCUCAUUCACUUUGCUCAGGGAAUGAAAGUUACACAGGAGUAAACUAUGAGACAAUGGUGCAUUUAAAUGGGUUUCAAAUACACUGUUAAAAAAAACCAACUUCCUCAUCUUGCUUAGAAAGACAUAACAGCAAUACAGUGCAUGACUACGUCAAAGAUUGCACAUUAAACUUUGAGAUUUGUCCCUUGUAAUCAGCAAUGGUUGUGCUUGCUGUCAUGCUGGAAAUACUCAUUUGCCGUGUAGACAUGGCACGUAUUGAGUCAACUAUCAGUCCUCCUCGUUGUUACGCAGUGAGAGGAGGGGGUAAAGAUGGCACAGCCACUACUGACUGACUGCCAUCUGGUAUCCAGUCAUUAUGUAAAGCUCAUUCGCCAAAGGCUCGAAGAAGAUGCAAAACGGGCUUGUUUAAUCUCAAAGCUUUGUGGAUGAGCUGAAUUUUGUUACAUACUGUGUAUAUACACACACACACACACACACACACACACACACACAGGUAAAUACAUUACAGGGCUGUGACAGGGAUGAGACAGUUGAGAGUGAAGGUAAAUAUCUGUAAUCUCGAUCAGACAGAAGCAAGGUAAAUGUAUUGAAAAUUGUACAUACUGUCAUCAACCAAACAGCAGCAAUAACAAACAUUUACUGCAAUGUCCCAUCGCAUGGUUUUCAUUAAUCUACACAGAUAAAUAUGUCACAGUAAUAUUACAGUUCAACAUGUAAACAUCACCACAGUUGUAUUUAAACCACAAUCUGAUGAGUUAAUAUUUGACAUACAGUAUCUAUUCUCUUGUAUCAUAAUGAACAGUUUCUGUGUUUUUCCAUUUCAUGCAGCAUCGGUUACGAACGAACUUCAGCUUCCUUCACAAAUUCACAUAAAUAUCAGGAUUCCCUCAGGAUUACAGAGGACACUGCCCGCUCAGACUCAAAAUACUUUCUUUUUAUAGAGGACCACUGUUAUGCAAGGACAAUCUGAUACACUAACUUCUUAUUGUUAUGGAGAAAAAAAACUGUUAAUUUCAUUCCGUUUUAAAAAAGGGAACCCAGACCAAUCAACUUAGCCAGCAGGGAUUAGGCCUUCGGUCUUUUGAGUGUCUUGGUCAGUCGAUCCAUAUGGUGUUGUCUCAGUAUUCAGGUCAAUACAUACUGCACAUUCAGAGGGUCCAACACACACACACACACACACACACACACACACACACACACGGUUUCUGCUGAGAAGGUUGUGCCAUGAGACACAGUCUGAGAUGUCAUAUCACACAGUAUGUGUAUGUAAAUGUAACAUUUAUUUCUUCCUAUUUACAGUUGUCCAAGUGUAAUUUUCCACACCAUUUUUCAUCAGGGUUCUGCGAACCUUCAGUAGUGAUUCUGUGUCAUGUGCACCAUAAAACUGUCACUGACUUUUUGUAAAUUAAAUCUGUUUUCAGAAAGAAA